UGCCUCCCACGCGCCGCGGUUGCAACCUAACUUCCCCCCCACGUGCCUCGCCAUCACCGUUUAAAUCCCGCCGGGCACCGCCGCGACCUCUCCAAGACCCAGUGCGAUGGCGCCGCACGUCGCCGUGGUGACCUUCCCCUUCAGCUCCCACGCGGCGGUGCUCCUCUCGUUCGCGCGGGCGCUCGCGGACGCGGCCCCCGCGGCGACGUUCUCCUUCCUCUCCACCGCGGACUCCGUCGCGCAGCUGCGGAGGACGGCGGCGGCGGCCCCUCCCGGGAACGUGAGGUUCGUGGAGGUCGAGGACGGGGCGCCGCCGGAGGGGACGCCCGUGCCGCGGCGGAUGGAGAUGUUCAUGGAGGCCGCCGAGGCGGGCGGGGUGGAGCGCGGGCUCGAGGCGGCGCGCGCCGCGGCGGGGGGUGCGAGGGUGACCUGCGUGGCGGGGGACGCGUUCCUGUGGAUGGCGGCGGAGGCGGCGGCCAAGGUGGGGGCCAAGUGGGUGCCCGUCUGGACGGGGGCUUCGAGCGCGCUCGUCGCGCACCUCCGCACCGACGCGCUCCGGGAGGACGUCGGCGAGAAGGCCGCGAGCCGCGCCGACGAGCUGCUCGCCUCGCAUCCCGGCCUCGAGAGCUACCGGAUCCGCGACCUCCCCGACGGCGUCAUCUCCGGCGACUUCAACUACGUCAUAAGCCUCCUGCUGCACCGCAUGGCGCAGCGCUUGCCACGCGCCGCCACCGCCAUCGCGCUCAACACCUUCCCUGGCCUCGACCCACCCAGCGUCACUGCCGCGCUCACCGCCAUUCUCCCCAACUGUCUCCCGCUCGGCCCCUACCACCUCCUCGCCCCCGCCACCGACACCACCGCGCCAGCCAGCGACCCCAACGGCUGCAUCGCCUGGCUCGACAGCCACGCCCCGCGCACCGUCGCGUACGUCAGCUUCGGCACCGUCGCGGCGCCGCGACCGGACGAGCUGCGCGAGCUCGCGGCGGGGCUCGAGGCCAGCGGCGCGCCGUUCCUCUGGUCCCUCCGGGAGGACUCGUGGCGGCUGCUCCCGCCGGGCUUCCUGGAGCGCACCGGGCACGCCGGCCUCGUCGUCCCGUGGUCGCCGCAGGUGGGCGUGCUGCGCCACGCGUCGGUGGGGGCGUUCGUGACGCACGCCGGGUGGGCGUCGGUGAUGGAGGGCGUGUCCAGCGGCGUGCCCAUGGCAUGCCGGCCCUUCUUCGGCGACCAGCGGAUGAACGCGCGGUCGGUGUCCCACGUGUGGGGCUGCGGCGCGGCGUUCGACGGGGCGAUGACGCGCGACGCCGUGGCCAGGGCGGUCGCGUCGCUCGUCGGCGGGGAGGAAGGGCGGCGGAUGAGGGCGAGGGCGCAGGAGCUGCAGGCCAAGGCGGCGAAGGCGUUCGAAACCGGCGGCGAAUGCGUGAAGAAUUUCAGCAAGUUCGUCGAGAUCGUCUGUGCGCCGUGAUCCCGUCCAGCGUACGUGACAUGUCCAGGAGGCUUGAAUUGAAUGAACCCUUGGGAUGUUACUAAGAAAUUUAACUCCUUGCGAGUGGUGAAAACAAAUUUAUCACUAGACAUGAAUGUCCGUGUGAGUAUAUAACAAACAAAAUCUCUUACGACCAUUCGUAAGAAUAGCAGAAGUUAAAUGUCCCCAUGUUAAAAUAUAUAGCUAUUUCAUUAUAAAUAACAAAAUUAGUUACUACGGAAUGCAAAUUUAAAAAUUAAUUUAAAGAGUUAUAUAGAAAAAUAUAUCGGUUAACUGUUUCAGAAAGUGUGCAUGCAAAAGCAGAUUAUUCAAAGACUAAAGAGUUGUUUCAUCUUCCAUCAAAAUCGGGCCAAAUUCGUACGACUCUCAUGAGUAGUAAAUUGUACUCCUCCUGGCUGGUACAUUGUAGACUUGUAGCCCCAUUAAUACCAUACGGAAUAAGAGGAGAAGAAACGCAUUCCACCACCCCUCGAGGAGGAAAUAUUUCUUGAAUGUUUUAGGCUGGUACAAUAUAUUACUCUAU